UGCGGCGCGGGCUGCUGUUUCUCCUGAGGGCUGAGGGGCGCUCAGAUUAAGACAGGUGGCUCCGCGAGCGUCGGGGCCAGCAGCCACCUGUGAGCCUCCUGCAACUGCGGGCGGCAGUGGCAUCUCCGGCCGGAGACAGGAGGAGACGCUCGGCGGACCCCGCCCGCCGGCCCGCCGGCCCGCCGGGCGCAUACACAGGCGCACACACACUCGCAUCCGCGCGCACACGCACAGCCAGCCCGCAGCAGCAGCCGCAGCGAUGCUCGCCAGCAGGUUGGGGAAGUUUCCCGCCGGCCCUGGCCACGGGCCCGAGUGCUCGCAGGUGUAGCGCCCCCGCGCGGUGCGCGGGCGGUUGGAAGUCUCCAGCAUGACCCGCCAGAGCUUGUGGGAUGUGUCGGAGACCAACGUCGAGGACGGAGAUAUCCGCAUCAACGUAGGGGGUUUCAAGAGGCGGCUGCGCUCGCACACGCUGCUGCGCUUCCCUGAGACUCGCCUAGGCCGCCUGCUGCUCUGCCACUCGCGCGAGGCCAUUCUGGAGCUGUGCGAUGACUACGACGAUGUCCAGCGUGAGUUCUACUUUGACCGCAACCCCGAGCUUUUCCCCUACGUGCUGCAUUUCUACCACACUGGCAAGCUUCACGUCAUGGCGGAGCUGUGCGUAUUCUCCUUCAGCCAGGAGAUUGAGUACUGGGGCAUCAACGAGUUCUUCAUUGACUCCUGCUGCAGCUACAGCUACCACGGCCGCAAAGUGGAGCCUGAGCAGGAGAAGUGGGACGAGCAGAGCGACCAAGAGAGCACCACGUCCUCCUUCGACGAGAUCCUGGCCUUCUACAACGACGCCUCCAAGUUCGAUGGGCAGCCCCUGGGCAACUUUCGCAGGCAGCUGUGGCUGGCGCUGGACAACCCUGGCUACUCAGUCCUGAGCCGGGUCUUCAGCGUCCUGUCCAUCCUGGUGGUGUUGGGUUCCAUCAUCACCAUGUGCCUCAACAGCCUGCCGGACUUCCAGAUCCCUGACAGCCAGGGCAACCCUGGUGAGGACCCCAGGUUCGAAAUCGUGGAGCACUUUGGCAUCGCCUGGUUCACUUUUGAGCUGGUGGCCAGGUUUGCUGUGGCCCCUGACUUCCUCAAGUUUUUCAAGAAUGCCCUAAACCUUAUCGACCUCAUGUCCAUUGUCCCCUUUUACAUCACUCUGGUGGUGAACCUGGUGGUGGAAAGCACACCUACCUUGGCCAACUUGGGUAGAGUGGCCCAGGUCCUGAGGUUGAUGCGGAUUUUCCGCAUCUUAAAGCUGGCCAGGCACUCCACUGGCCUCCGCUCCCUGGGGGCUACCUUAAAAUACAGUUACAAAGAAGUAGGGCUGCUUUUGCUCUACCUCUCUGUGGGGAUUUCCAUUUUCUCUGUAGUGGCCUACACUAUUGAAAAGGAGGAGAACGAGGGCCUGGCCACCAUCCCUGCCUGCUGGUGGUGGGCCACUGUCAGUAUGACCACUGUGGGGUACGGGGAUGUGGUCCCAGGAACCACAGCAGGGAAGCUGACUGCCUCUGCCUGCAUCCUGGCAGGCAUCCUAGUAGUGGUACUGCCCAUCACCUUGAUCUUCAAUAAAUUCUCCCACUUUUAUCGGCGCCAAAAGCAACUUGAGAGUGCUAUGCGCAGUUGUGACUUUGGAGACGGAAUGAAGGAGGUCCCUUCCGUCAAUUUAAGGGACUACUAUGCCCAUAAAGUUAAAUCCCUCAUGGCAAGCCUGACAAACAUGAGCAGGAGCUCACCAAGCGAAUUAAGUUUAAAUGAUUCCCUACAGUAGCGAGAGGACUUGUCAGCCUCAAAGUCACAUUGUUGAGCUGCCUCUAGCGGCCCUGGCACAGGCCAGUCACCUUAGGGUUAUGGCGUAAGGAGUACGGCCAGCCCCAAAGGGGAGAGAUGCAUGGGAUAUGCGCCCCAGGUUGCUUUCACAGUAUUUAGAAUCACUUUUAGAGGGUGGUGUGUCUGCACCAUGCCUCUGCGGCUUCAGUGAAUGACACUCACUGGUGUUUGCAUCAUGGGCAUACAAUGUUCACAUUUCGGCUGGAUGAGUACCACCCAGAAUGCUAAUUUUUCUGUUCACCAUGUACUCUGCUCUAGUGCUCGUGACCCAGUACUGUCUGUGAGGUUUUUGUGCUCCUUUUUCUAAGGUUGUCAUGUGAGUUCUGUACAAAAAGCCCCUAUACGUCUGUCCAGUGGAAACACAUCCUAUGGGGUUAGCGAGGAUAUGAUGGGAUUUUGCUCACCUCAUGUGAAAACAAAAUCUCUGUUUUUUAUUCAUUGCUCUCAUUUAGUUUUAAUACCAAAACAAAGAGAAUGUGAUGUUCAGCACAUGACCAGUUCAAGUCUGUGAGUUGUUUUCUGAAUGACCUGUAGCUCUGUGACUUGCAUGGGUACGUCGGUCGCCUUUAGAACACUGUGUGAGGGUGUUCACCUCUUAAAUGUUGCUCUUUAGAGAAUGUUACUCUGUUAAACAUGUAGUGAAGAUAGAAAAUUGUUUUCCUAGAACAAAUGCUUUAAGGACAGGGGCUUCAGCUAAACAUAGGUCAAAUGAUAGGGUGCUUAAAGACUUUUCAAAGUCAGGCCUCUGUCUUUCCUGGGGUACCCGUGGAGGCAUUCAUUUCUAGCUGAGGUUCCUGGUUUAGGCCAUUUGACCCAACUUUGCUGUGUUUUAGAUAGUAGCAUGUUUUUGAAAUAUUUUUUUUUAAUGUUUAGAAAUAAGGUCGUGUUGUCUUUUUCAACUGAAAACAGGUUUACUGUUGUGUUGUUUCCCUGAAGCAAACAUUGUCGGGUUGCAGCAAGGGCAGUAGCUUAGAAACUUUGUUGCCUGUUCUGCAAGCUUGUAAAAUGAGAACCCUUUUACUGCCAAGCAGAAUUUACUUAGAUCAUUUUGCUUCUAGGAUAUAGUAUGUUAUAUGCAGUGAUGUAAUUUCCUGGGAGUUCCUGGUGUGGCGUGGAAAUCUGGUGAUGUGAAAGUAUGUACUCAAAACACAGGAAUGUGUGAAGGCUGUGAUGCUUACCAGGACGGAAAUACUGUCGUCCUUAUUUCCAUUUCAACUGCCUUUUGUUGGAGGAGGGUGGGAAGAGGCAGAAGAAAGGAAAGAGUUGUAAAACAAAACGUUGCCACUGUCAU